GAAUAGAAUAUCUAGAUUUAGGUCUUAUCUCUUUCAUAUACGGACGCUCGCAUCCGGAAUCUGUGCCUAAAUUGUUGUUGUAUUGAUUACAAGAUUAGUGACACUCCGCGCGUGAGACUCAAAUGCAGGGAAGCUUUAAGAUACAGCUGAUAAACAUGGGUACACGGGCCGCGGCCUAAGUGAAACUUCGGUCUCAUUCUAGAGAACGCUUUUUAUGUUAUAAUGCAGUCAACGCAGGCGUAUGAUAAGCAGAUCGCUUACGAGCUGCUGAAGCCGAGAGUCACGGCCAAAAUCAGAUCGUUGUACGAUUACCAGCUACGUCUGAUGCACAACAUGCCGCCACUGCCCACCGGCGCUGAAAUGGCCAACACCAUCCGGUACUUCUCGCAGACCCUGCUCAGUGUACUAAAAGACGUGCCCCAAUCGCCAUUAGAGAUGAUCAGAGACGCAGAUAUGGAUGCGGAGCGCAUGAGCCUCUACCCCAACCUGGACUACAAGGGCGUGUUCCAAGGUAUUCAGCUACUGGUGGACGUAGCACCGCUGAUACCUUUUGGAGUACAAGCGUUCGGGCAAGCGGUGCUGCAGUGCCUGGGCUGUCUGCUACCAUUCCUGGAGCCAGAGAACAUCGACAACCUACCGUACCUAGUGGCGUACUGCGUGGCCGUGUUCCCCGCGAGCCUGCACCAGGACAUCAUACACCUGCUGUGCUACUACAUCCUGCCGUUCACCAUCACCCGGCGCUACCCCGGCAUGGGAGAGGAGAGUGAGGCCUCACAAUCGGUUGGCGCGAUCAUCAUGAUGGUGUUCCAGCACUCGAGCAACCCAGCGCACCACUGCCAGCUGCUAGAAUGUCUCAUGUCGCUGAAAAGGGGCGUGGUCGCGGACGUACUGUCCGUAGUUGCGUACGGCACUGCGGGCGCGCGCUUGUCUGCCGCGAAACUGCUGUUCUACUACUGGCCGCCUUUUGAUGCCAAGCUGUUUGACAGGAAGGGGUUGCUGUGCAAAUUCUCUAACUCUCAAGCAUCGUUCACGUGCCAACGCGACGCGUGUGGCGGCGGCGGCGCGGAGGCGGCCAAGGUGUGCUACGACCACUGCAUCAGCGUCACCUUCGCAUCAGACACGCCACCGCCGCUGUACCUGUGUAUAGAGUGCGCUAACGAGAUACACAGAGAACACCCGGACCAGCGAUUCUUCGACAUACUCCACCCACAGCAACAAGUAUCCAUGGUCUGUGAGAAUAAGAAUUGCAGAUCUACUGACAAAGCGGCAUACUCGAUUUGCUUCUCAAACGAGUGCGCCAGCUACAACGGCAAUCAUCCAAUAAGGUACUGCCUGCAGUGCCACGGCAACAGACACAACAGCCGGCGCGGCGGCGACCACGUGGUGCACUGCCGGCUGCAGCCCGCCUGGCACAUGGACACCGACAUGCAGACCAACCUCGUCGAGGCCAUCAUCAGCCUCCUGAAAGAAGCGAAGCCGAUCAACAUGGAGGAUCCGGACAGCUCGUGGGAGCAAGUCAAGUAUCCCCUCAGCGUCAACCUGCCUGAUCCCAUCUCAGUCGAAGAUAGACAACUUUUAGGACGAUACGGCGUGUGGCUGAUGGUAGGGCUUUGCACACCGACGCCCGAGACUCCGGAUGAAGUGCUGGGACGCCUGUUGUCCGUGCUCUUCCAUUGGUUCCAUGUUACAUCAUUCUCGUAUACUGGUGAGACAGCGAACACGGUAGAGAAGUUGAAGUGCGAGCACGUGUGCGGGUGGGUGCGGCGCGUGGCGGAGACGGCGCGGGGCGUGCUCGUGGCGUGCCUGCUGCCGCACCCGCCGCACCACACGCGCCAGGCGGGACACUGGGACAACCUCGCGUCGAAGGGACAGCACCUGAAGGAUGGACUCAAUCGGUUGUACUGUUUGAUCCCGUACGGAAUCAUCACACAAUCGAUUUGGGACUACAUCAUGCCUAGCUGGAUGGAGUCCAUCUGCGAAGACGUUGCAGAAAAGGACCUGGUGGAGUUCAAGGUGGUGAUGGCGAAGGUUCUGGAGCCGGAGCCGGACGGCGAGCGGCGCGUGUGGCGGUUCGCGGAGCUGCGCGCCACCGACACGCCGCGCCCCGCCACCGUGCUGCCCGUGCUGCACUGGUACCAGACGAUAUCCCUGUUGGACGUGAGGAUCCCUCUGUCGCACCUGUUCGACCUGUUCGUGCACUGCGUCGUCAACAUGCCUGAGAACGUCAUCCAACCGCCCUCUAAUGGCGACAAAUCUAACGGCAGUUUAACGGAUAAAGAAAAAUCUGAAAAGGAAAAAGCUAAGGACGAAGAAUCCAAACCACAGAACCUGACGUGCUGUAUACUGAUGCUGGAUAUACUGUUGAAACAGUUGGAGCUGCAGGCGCACCGCAUCAACAUACAGAACGUGAGCAGCGAGGCGACCAAGCUGCUGCGGCUCAUGCUCAAGUCCAACCAGCUAAAUACUAUUGAGCAUUCGGAGUGCGCAUCAGCCGGUGCGUGCGCGUACUGCGAGGCGGCGGCGCUGUGCGCGCAGCUCGCCGUGCGCCUAGUUCGAGUGUUGGUGCCGCCCGCGCCGCGAGUCACGCAGCAGCCUCCAUCCGAAGAGAGUUGGUCAGAGGCAAUUCCGAAGAAGUCUCAGAUGGACGAUGAUCGUCGUGUGGGUCCAUCGGUAGCAGCUGGAGCGGCCCAAGCGGAACCCUUAGGUGCCCUCGAGCGCGGAUCUCUGGGAGGCGUUCUAGUGCAUAUGCCUCACUUUGUUCAUUUCAUGCAACUCUCUCUAAUAAGCGACAUCGGCUCGGACGCCACUCUGACGAAAUCGUCAGGCGAUACACAAAUAAUGACGGCGACGGUGGAGACGAUCACGGAGCAGCUGGACAUGGCGGUAUCGCUGCCGCCGGCGGAGCGGCCGCCUGUCGCCACGGCGCACUCAGUCACACUCACCGAUACAGACGUUGCUACUGCUACUGCCAAUGUAUCCACACCUAACCUUGUCGGUGAAAACGAAGCUGACUCAGUGGAGGACGACAUGACAAACUUUUGGCCAACCUCGGCUGGGAAGUUCCACUUUUGUGUUGAUGAACUACCGCAAGAGCUGCAAUACAUCCACCAGUUGCUACAGGAAAUAAAAAACACAAAGAGACCGGAUAUUCUGUAUCACUUACUACAAUGUCUUCAAGUGCUUGUUCUGAACACUGACACCCUGGCAGAACACAGGGGCUUCCUUAUUUGGUGCCAGGAAAAUUUGCUCAUUGAAAAUCUAUGGAAGGUUUGCGACGCAGCUCAGUCCCACAUCUGUUCUGUGAGCGCACCGAUACUGUUGCACUGCGCGGCACUGGCGGGCGGGGCGGACGUACUAUGUGCUCUACUGAGGGACAGCUUCCAUCACACCGACCCGCAGGUCCGCUUCAUAUCCGUCGAGCGAGUGACCAUGUUGAUACGUUUCAUGGAUGAAUCUCCAGUGAAAACGAGUAUUCCCCUACAAACCGCUUUAGCUACAGCGUUUUGCUACCUCAUUUCAAGCAUGGAUGACAUCAGUGUGUACGUAGCUCAGCGUGCCACACUAUAUCUUGGAACUAUACAUGAUACAGCUGUAGAGAUGCUACUAUACUGUCUAGAGACCCAGUUUGACUUGGUAGUGGUUGACCGCCCGAUGAUCCUACAGUCCAUAUACCAGUUACACAACACUCUCAGCGACCGACACAUUCUCACUUGGGAGUUUUUCCUUAACCGUUUCGAAGCUCUCGUCUUGGAAGCUCAAAUCAAUUCUAACAAGUCUAUGGACUUUUCUAACGUCAAGGGUAAGUUUUCAAAUAAGGGGGGCGGGGAGGGGGCGGCGCAGCGGGGGCGGCGCGCGGCGCAGGCUCCGGCGCGCUCGCUGUCCGCCUCGCUCGGUGCCAAGUGGCCCUACAAGCGCACCAUCUCCGCACCGGCCGCCGUGCCGCCGCUGACCACAGAACGUGAAAAAGUAUAUUCGCGACAAUACUCGGCGCCCUUGCUGAAAAGAAAAACAUCGAGAUUUGGUUUGGGUCAGCUGCUAACAGCACCGCAGCAAUUGGGAGGCUCAAGAUCUAACAAUGAUGGAGUACAUUCACUGUCUGGGCGUUCUACUGACGAUACUUUGACAACUGUUCUACCAAAAUCAGUCGAUCUGGAAGAAACUGACAAAGAAACAACGAAUUUGUUGGUGUUUCUGUUGAUGCAAUUUUUAUCAAGGUCUGACCAAGCGCAUCCUAUUGACGAUAAAACGGCUGCAAAAACACAAGAACUUGUUUUAAAACAUCUCUUCAUAUUGCUCGGAUACAAUUGUGUGGAAAAGUAUUUUACUGUAUCCCCUCAUUCUCUCAGAUUGUCAUCUAUAUUCAAUGCAUUUCUGGCGAAUCUUCCCCAAGUCUUGGAUCAAAAUUACGUGAUGGGAGCGCAUAUAGCCGAACCUACACUGUCUUUGCUACAAUUCUGCUGCCGGCCAGUAGCUGCUGGCAGCGCUAGCGCUAACGUGACUCACUCUCUCGUCGCACUGGAGCCGCACGUGCGACGACACUGGCUCAUGGCGCUCAUCGUGGUUCUCUACAAGUACCACUACGGUACGGAGUCAGGUGCUAUCGGCGGUCUGGUGGGCGCGCUGGUGCGGAUCGCGCUCAACUCGCUCGAGGCGCAGCAUCACCGCUGCCGCCGCGCCCCGCCCGUGCUCCUGCUGCCACACGCACCGAGACUUAGAGAAGGUCGCGAUCCGUUGGUACCAGCCGAGGAACCGACGGUACCACACAAGUCCCCGGCGCACUGGCCUGACCCUCCUGAGGCUACAAAGUACCAGCAGUGGAGCCUAGAGCAGGAGUCGUCGGAGAGCGAGCUGAUCGCCAUCCCCGAGACCAGCGACAAGUCCGACACCACAGUGCACGGCAGCACCGCACCGGGGUCAUUUGACGAGCCGUCUCACUACGAAGACCAACCCCAGCAGUACCAGACGCAAGCUGUAAUGUCGUAUCCAGCACACAGCAAAAUUACGACGGGGUCGCGUUCCGGCCAACAGCUGUCCACCAGCUCAUCAGUAUCAAUAGGAAGUGACUCUUCAAACAUGAAGUCGACGCCGAUGAGCGGUCAGUCUGUGGAGAUCUGGCCAGACCAGCUUCACCAGACCUCGCCCCGGACCAAGAUCAUGGGCAAGCAAAAGAGGAUUGUUGCGGGCAGCAGCACAUCGCCUGAUACUGCGCCGUCAUCCAACGGCGAUGCGCUUGCGCAUCCUCAUCAUCUACCAAGACCAGGCACGUGCGCAGCGUACGCGUCGCCGGAGUCGCCGCUAUCCAAGAUGGAGGUGUGGUGGCGGGCGCCGCCCCCCGCGCCGCGCCCGCACACGCACCCCACGCCUGCCGCGCCCCCUGCGCCACCCGCACCCGAGCGGUUACUACCCAUAGGACCGAAGCCCAACAAAGAACAGUACCCGGUGUUCAACGCGCUGGUCGACAGGGUCAGGGAGGCCCUCAACUUGCCUGAUGACUCGACGGAGCGGACGGACUCGAGCCGCUCGGACCAGGACGCGACUCCGACGCCGGCGGGCCGACCUCACGAUCUCACUAAGGGAUCCUCGGAGAGUUCACGAUCUCCGCGUCGUCUGGCGCGUCAGGUGGCGCAGCUCGGCUCGCCGCCCGCGCCCGCGCCGAGGUCACAUUCGACGGAGGGUGGGGGCGGGUGGGGGGCGUGGUGGAGUGGGGCGGGGCGCACGGGGCGACGCGCGGCGCACGCGCACCCGCACACGCACGAGCGACCGCCGCGUCACGACGCCACGCUGCGGUACCGCUGUUCGGAGUGCGGCGCCCUAGAGGAACAAUACAGCGAUGAGGAGCUGGGUCUGUGCGUGAUCGCGCUCGCGACGUACGUGCGCCGCGAGCCCGCGCCCGCCGCGCCGCUGUUGCCCGCGCUGCUGCACGCCGUCAGCAGGGUGGUGCAACUAGGCUCAUACUCGUGGCAGUCGGAGACCAACACUCGUCUACCGGGCUCGGCGGUGUCAGUGGCGCACCAGUUUCUCCGCUGCGUGCUGCACCAGCUCGCCCCGCAUAACGUCUUCCUACAAGUCUUCUUGCAGCGGACACCAGAGAGUCAGCGGCUGAUGUUCUUCAAGAGCAUAGCUCAGGCGUUCGUGGAUUUCAACGAGCUGUACCCGUGCGGGCCGCUGCAGCUUGUCAUAGACCACCUCAACUCCAAGAAGAUGCUGCCUAUUGAUCAAAUGGGCGUGAUAGCGGACAACAUCGCGAUGUACUUGGGCUGCCUGGCGCCGGAAGCGCUGGGCCCGCUGUCGGCGUGCGGGGCGCUGCUGGCGGCGCUCGACGCGCUGCUGCGGGCGGCGGCGCUGCAGCUGCCGCACCUCGACGACCCCGCCCCCCUGCUGCGCCUCGCCGCCGCCACGCUCAAAGUGCCGCACGCGUACCAGCACAAGAGCCUGUUAGAACCGAUAUCCAAGAUUCUAUCGUACUCGGUGCGUGCGGGCCCGUUGCCCCUCCCGCUCUGUAAUGAGCUGUGCGGCGCCGGCGCGCGCGCAUUCGCUCGCGACCGCGACAAGCUGCUGCUGUCGCGAGUGCUCGUGUUCGAGCUGCUCCAAGCUCUCCGGACGAAGACUGCGCUGCCCGACGAUAAUCUGUUCGUGCUGCUGCAGUUUGUGCUGCAAGGUCACGGCUGUCGUCUGCUGCUGCCGCCGGCGCUGGAGGGGGCGCUGCGGGGCGGGGCGGAGGCGCGUGAGCUGGGCGGCGCCCCCGCCGACUGCCUCCGCCCCCACCUACCUGAUCUACUGGACACCCUCAACGAUGCGCACCUGCUGAAUAAGAUCAAGGGCUCAGUUUCGAAGUCGCUGGUGAACCGUAACGUGGUGUGCUUGCACGAGGACACGCUUGGCGCAGUCGUGAAGGGCGGAGUGGCGCAGUUUGUAGCCGCCGAGUUGGCGCUGGAGCAGGCGCGGGGGAAACCAGAGCGGGCGACAAGACACCUGCCCUGGCUGUCGAGCGCCGCUGGGUCCCGCGAGAUCGGCGAGUGUAUAUCGCGCGUGCGAGUGGCGUCGUGGGUGGUGCUAGGGGCGCUGGCGAACGCGCGCUCCGGUCCCGCAUCCCCCGCCGCGCCGCCCCCGCUGCCCGUGCCGCUAGACGCUGCCUGCACACUCACAGACUUGCUGCAGACGAUAAUGCUGUGGUACGUGGAAGGGGGCGGGGCGAGCAUGUCCGCGCUAUGCGGCGCGUUCACGCUGUGCUCGCUGUGGUCGCUGUACUGCGCGGGGGCGGCGGGCGCGGCGGCCGAGCUUGUCCACUUCUGGGCGGCGCUGGUGCCCGCGCUGCUGCGGUUAGCGGGUGCUGGCAGGGCGCUGGCCGAAGCGGUGCGUGUCCACCUGCUGGCGCUGCUGGAGCUGCUGCGCGACAGCCCCGCCGUGCUGGACAAGCUGCUGCCGCUGUGGGCGCCGGUGCUGCACGCGCCCAUGUUGAACAUGCCGCCACAUAUCGCGCAGCGCCUCGAAGCGUGCCGCGAGCUCGAGCCGGGGGAAGUGCCCACGCCGGCCGCCGGGGCCCCGGACGGCCCCACGCUGGGCCCCAGCCCGGGGUCCCCGCACAGCGCAGGCCAACCGGGGGCAGAACACCGCCGCCUAUACAACCUACUGACGAAACUUGGGCAGCUGGAAAUGCAACCCCAGGCGUUUUAUUUGAUAUGAAGAGACAACACAAGUACCUAUUGAAAGGCAACUAUGUACGGGUGAAAUAAAUACGGGUAAAUUAUAUUAUCAGUUUAAAUAUUUACUGAUAUUGUAAAGAUGAAUUGUUUGCAUCGAAUUUAUGCUCCAGACCACUGAUUUGAAUUGAAGUUUAGUUUGUAGAAGAGAGACUAUGGGGAAGGGAAUGAAGCCUACUUUUUAUUGUCAUAGGAAGUUGUACGGUUUCCUUGGAAUUGUAUUUUGAGCGGAAGUCCAUAAAAUAUGAUAAGAAUAUGGUGUUAUUAAUAAUAAGUAUACAAUUUUAGAUCGAUGUCGCAUGUAUAAAAUUAAAAGAAAUUCAAGAGAAUUUUAAAUGUUGUAGAAUAAAAACAAUGUCCUCGUUUAUAUUGUUCAAAUGAAAAUA